GGCGGCGUCGCCGGGCGGCGCGGGGGGCGGCCGGGCAGUGCUGGCCCGCCGGGAGCCGCGCCGGGAGCCGCGCCGGGAGCGCUGAGCCGCGGCCGGGCCCCUCCGAGUUGGUCUGGUCCCUCGUUCUGGUGUAGAAAUCCAUCAGUUUCCCCAGAAGUUAUGCACUUGACCUAGAAGAACCGUGCUGCUGGCACCUCGGGAACCCUGUGAACUGGAACGGGAGAGGAGCCCGCCGGCAGGUGGAAUGGGGCAGCCAUGAACGGCGAUGCCCUGUGCCAGGAGCCCUCCUCCCCGCUCCCCGACUGGAGGGAGUUCUGCGAGCUGCACGCCCAGGCAGCCGCCGUUGACUUUGCCCAGAAGUUCUGCCAGUUCCUGAAGGAGAACCCACACUACGACACCCCCGGGGCAGAGACCUCCUUCUCCCACCAUUUUGCUGCCAAUUUCUUGGACAUCUUCAGCCUGGAGGUCAGCCGGGUGUUCGUGUCAGACUCCCCCACCAAGUACAACAUCGUGCCCUUCGUGGGGCUGCAGAACUGCCACGUCCCCUACGGGCGGGAGGUCACCCCAAGGAAGGAGGAGACAUCCACUGAGUCCCUGGACAGCAUGGACACCCCGUUGGGUGCUGGACGGUACCUGAGCCCGGCACAGCAGGUACAGGCACGCAAGGUGUCCUCCUACGGCCAGUCCCGCAGCUCAGAGGACGUCUCCAUCCAUGCUGCCACCAAGCCCAAGUUCAAGAAAGGCUUCUCCCUGAGGAACAUGAGCUUGUGUGUGGUGGACGGUAUGAAGGAGAUGUGGCAUCGUAAGUCCUCUCCAGAGCCGGGUGCUGAGGCUGCUCCAGGUGGCCGGAGAGGUGAGAGGGAGCCGUGGCCAGCUGGGGGCAAGGAGCCUGGCGACCCACGGGAGAAAUGGACCCACAAGCUGCGCCUGUCCAAGGUGCCCUCCUCCAAGGUGGAGCUGGUGGACAUCCAGAGGGAGGGGACGCUGCGCUACAUGGUGGCCGAUGACACAAACUGUGUGGGGAGCUCACAGUGGCAGAAGUGCCGCCUCCUGCUCCGGAAAGCGGUGAAAGUGGAAGGGGAGAGGUUCCUCCUUGAGUUUUACGUCCCUCCAAAGGCUUCCAAACCCAAGGUGAGCAUCCCGCUGUCAGCCAUCAUCGAAGUCCGCACCACCAUGCCGUUGGAGAUGCCCGACAAAGACAACACCUUCGUCCUAAAGGUAGAGAACGGGGCCGAGUACAUCCUGGAGACCAUCGACUCCCUGCAGAAGCACUCCUGGGUGGCAGAUAUCCAGGACUGCAUCGACCCCGGGGACAGCGGGGAUGACAUCGAGCUGGCGUCCUGCGCUCAGGGAGCCUGUCUGCCAGGCAGGGUGUCCUCCUGCAGCUGCGAGUUCCUGGCUGAUGAUGUGCCCAGGCUGCCAGACAGAUGUGCCCUGCCCAGUGCUCACAACACCAGCACGGCCACCACCAUCCCUGCGCCCCACGGCCGGGGCAGGGACUCCCUGGGGGAGCUCCUCACCCAUGUCCCGCUGGAGAGCUUCCUGCAGACGCUGGAGUCCUCCCCCACUGCUGGCGGGCACCUCGCAGGGGAGGACAGCGAGGCUGAGGCAGAGAUCAACCUCUCAGACUUCCCCUGGUUCCAUGGGACUCUCUCACGGAUCAAGGCGGCUCAGCUGGUUCUCUUUGGGGGUGCCCGGAGCCACGGCUUGUUCGUCAUCCGGCAGAGCGAAACACGGCCAGGGGAGUAUGUGCUGACCUUCAACUUCCAGGGGAAAGCCAAGCACCUCCGCCUGUCACUGAACGAGAGCGGGCAGUGCCACGUGCAGCACCUCUGGUUCCAGACCAUCUUCGACAUGCUGCGCCAUUUCCACACGCACCCCAUCCCCCUGGAGUCGGGCGGCGCGGCCGACAUCACCCUCCGCAGCUACGUUGUGGCCCAGAGCCCGCUGCCUGAUGCCAGCCCCCCGCCAGCCCUUGUGUCCCAGCCACCAGGCUGCCGGGUCGACCUGCCACCUCCACACUACUUCUGCAGCACAGCACCCACCGGUCCACCAGCCCCGCCGCCCACUGAGGGGGUGGCCAUGGCCCCUGCUGUCACCAUCCCCGCACCCUACCACCGCCUGGAGGGUGCCCUGGGCCCCCGGAGCCGCAGCGACAGUGCCGAGCGCCGGCCGGAGCCCCCUGCCACCAGUGCCGAGGAUUACCAUGAGGCUGACAGUGCCCGGAGCCGGACCCGGGCGGUGGAAAACCAAUACUCUUUCUACUGAGCCCCCCAUGCCCGAGGGCUGGGUGGUGGGGGGGAUGCAGGGCACCUGUGCCUCUCACCACUGCACCAGCCUCGCCACCUCCUCCUGCCACCACCAGCAACCCAGCCGGGAUGUGCUUCUCAUUCCCUGCUGCUUCUGGGAGCCAUGUCAGCAGCGGGUGAUGUCCCAGCUGGACCCAGCACCAGCCCCACGGUUGGGGCAUUGCUGGGGGGUUGGGAGGCUGAAAGCAUCAGUGCCAUUUUGGAGCUUGCAGCCUCUUCUCCUUCCCUCCUGGACCAGGAUCUGUCCGGGGGCCAAGCGAGGCUCCCUGCAUCUCCUCCCCAGGGAUGCCCCUCGUGGGAUGGCAGCCUGAAGCUGUGACAGGCUCCGUCCUCCAGCCAAAGCAGCUCAGCACGUCCCCUCUGGGGUUAGAGCCCAGCGUGGCCAACGUCCCUUCUGGCACCAUUGCCCCACAAACCAGCUGCUGAGGGGCUCUGGCAUUUCAGGAUGACCACGGAAUUAGCAGAUCCCUGAGCAGAGGCUUUUUUUUCAGGCUCCCUUCGGGGCAUGCAUUUCCCACCCUCUGCCAGGAGAAGGCUUUUUCCAAAGCUUAAUGAAUUGCAUUUGAGGAAAGUUUUUUUUCCUACUGUCCUGCCUUUUCUGUUCCUUUGUUCUUUCUCUCCUUGCUGUACCUAGAGAGUACCUGAAUAACCCCUUUCUUCCUCCCUCUCUUCCUUGCUUCUUCAAAACCUAAGCUCUCUGCAAGGGCAUCUGCUCAGCCUUCUGCCUUCUCUCUGCCGCACCUAGGCAAUAUUUUCCAUUGCUCAAGGCAAACCUUGAAAAAAAGAUGAAAACACCCCCACGUUGCACCAGUUGUUUGUUAGUCAUUGGGGAUGGGGGUGGGGGGUCAGAUAGAGGCCAAGGGCUGUGUCUGGAGGUGAGGGGCAGCCUUGCCCUGCAGGUGCUCAGCUGGGUUCCUGGGAAUGAAAGCACUGCAUCUUCAGUAGAUGCUAUUGAAGGUGGUGGUGUUGGUUUUUUUUUUUUUUAUUUUGAGAAAUAGAAAUGCCCAGGCAGAGCAAAGGGAACGGGCCUGCUGCCAGGUAGGUGAACAGCCAGCCUCCGCGGAGGGGCAGGCAGGCAGGAGUGCCCUUGCCGAUGGCUGAAAUCCCCCCCCUGCCCCCGGCAGAUGCAGAACCCUGCCAGCAAGGGCUGCAGCAGCGCUGCUGCCAGGAAGGACCAGGCAGUGGUCACUGCUCUUUGGUGGCUUUCUGACAGACUGAUGCAGCCACCUGCACCUAUAGCAGGAAAAGGGGGUUCCCCUGGUGGAGGCGAGCCCUGGAAGGGAGCACAGAGCAGAACCCCACUGUUGGCCAAGUACGCACUAUGUUGUCGAUGCUUUUCCUCCAGGUCACUGAAGCCCUUAGGGUGGUUUUACAGGCCAGGCUGCUUACAGGGUUGUGUGCCUCGUGUGCGGCUGGAGACCUGAAGGGGCAGCUUUGCUUGCAGAGUGCUUGCACAUCUCUCUUGGUUCACCUCGUUGCAGCUUGUCUUACCCAUCACCAGGACUUCUGGCUCCUCAGGUGGCUGCCAGGCCUGGGUGAGAGUGCUAGCAGGACCUGAGUGAGGUGGCUUUGAAGUGUCUGGAUAGGUCUCCAGGUAGAGAAGACUCUAUGGUACCCAGCUAAAAGUUACCACUUAGUGCAGAGAGGUAUGAGCCAAGCUACAACCUAGCUCAAAACCCCUUGAAUUUGCCUGGAGUUUUGAGUUGAGUCAAAUUAUUAUUUUUCUUUUUUGGGGGGUGCCGCCUUUCCUGAGCUAGCAAAGCAUGUCCCCAGUGCUGGAGUCACUUGUCUCUCCUACUUCAAGAGGGCAGGGAAGGUGUCUCCAAGGCUCCUUGCCUCUUCCUGCUGUGUGAAAGCUGCCUUUCUGCCCCAUGGGUGUGUGAGACAAGGGCUGGUGGAUCUCAUUCCUGCAGCAAAUGCUGCCUUAUCCCUAAAUGCAUGGCCUAUCAGAGGGCAGGAGGAGCAGUUUGCUCUGGCAGGAGUAUUUCUCCUUGUUCAGCACAGGAGGAGCUGUGUUCAGCACAUGGAGGAGCCCAUGCAACAGGGAGAGGCCAGAUGCUCUUGGAUGGGCUGAACAUGGACCUGCUGUCUUCACACUCAUGAAUGCGGGGGCUUGCGGGGGGUGGUGUACCUCUGGUUGCAGCACAGACAUCGUCACUCUUGUUCUUCACUGAGGUCCCAGCAAGCCGUGUGGUGUGGAUGGGAGCACUGCCUUACAAACCUUCAGAUGUUGGCUGAUUUUUCACCUUCUGUGUCACAGGAUAGGAAAAGGAGGGGGAAGCAAUGAUCUGCAAGCAAAAAUGUUAAUUUGUAAAUAGGGAAGAGUCUGGAAGAGUUUACUGUUCUGUAGAAUAAAUUAAUUUUAUUUAAAAGGGG